AAGCCAAUCCAUUCCUUACUCUUGAUGAACUUGGAAAAGAAUAUGGUUGUGACAGAAGUACAAUAUCAAAGGUUUUAAAAAAUAAGCAAGAGUGGUUAUCUAAAGAAUUUACGGAUUAUGAAGCAAAAGCAAUAGUUAAUAGGCCGGUGAAGUUUGCCCAAUUAGAAAAUGCUUUGAGCCUUUGGAUCUGUCAGAUUUUUUUACAAAAUUUAAUAUUAACAGAUGGACUUUUACAACUUCAAGCAAAAAAAUUUGCUAAAUU